AUGACUGGAGUCGCUCCAAAAGAUAAAAGAGGAGAAAAUAAAAACCAUCCUAGGAAAUUUGAUGCUCAGGUUCUUGCAGCAAUAUACGAACAUAUAAAGUCAUUUAAAGGCAGGAAAAGCCACUACAGUGUGAAGGAUAGUAGAAAAUUAUACUUACCUGAAGACUUAAACAUAAAAAAGAUGUUCAAAAUGUUUUGCGAGUUGAACCCUUCUAUGAAAGUGUCUUACGAGUCGUACAGAACAGUCUUUAAUACAAAAUUCAACAUAGCCUUUGGAUAUCCCAGGACCGAUACAUGUAGUUCUUGCGAUGAGUUUCUUAUAAAAAUAAAAUCUCUUCAGUCUGAUGUUUUAAAGAGUAUGGAUAUUGCUCAAAAAGAACGCUUUCAAAAGGAAAUAUGCCAUAUUACAAUACAAAAUGAUGUACACAAAAGAAAAGCUGAGGUUUGAUACCCAUCACGGCUUAAAAAUUUAAACACCUACAAGAUUUAAAACGAUUCUGUGGUGACGAAGCAAAACAAUUUUUCGAUAACCUGCCCAAGAACUAGAAGUAUAUUUUAUAUUAAUAACUAUUGUCUACUUUUCGGUAUACCUUGUUUUUUUUGGACUUGGCCCCUUUAGGCCAACAAUGUUUGAUGGUUUGACCAAUUAAUGCUUAUGUUCUACUUUGUAUAAAUGACAAUAUAAGUUUAAUUUCUUGUGUGUGUCUCAAUAAUUACCCAAAUAACUAAUCUAA